AUGCAGGCUCGCUACUCCGUGUCCAGUCCCAACUCCCUGGGAGUGGUGCCGUACCUCGGCGGAGAGCAGAGCUACUACCGCGCCGCCGCGGCGGCGGCCGGCGGGGGCUACACGGCCAUGCCGGCCCCGAUGAGCAUGUACUCCCACCCGGCCCACGAGCAGUACCCGGCCGGCAUGGCCCGCGCCUACGGGCCCUACACGCCGCCGCCGCAGCCCAAGGAUAUGGUGAAGCCGCCCUACAGCUACAUCGCCCUCAUCACCAUGGCCAUCCAGAACGCGCCCGAUAAGAAGAUCACCUUGAACGGGAUCUACCAGUUCAUCAUGGAGCGGUUCCCUUUCUACCGGGACAACAAGCAGGGCUGGCAGAACAGCAUCCGCCACAACCUCUCCCUCAACGAGUGCUUCGUCAAGGUGCCCCGCGACGACAAGAAGCCCGGCAAGGGCAGCUACUGGACCCUCGACCCCGACUCCUACAACAUGUUCGAGAACGGCAGCUUCCUCCGCCGCCGCCGCCGCUUCAAGAAGAAGGACGCCGUCAAGGACAAGGAGGAGAAGGACCGCCUGCACCUCAAGGACCAUGCCCCGCCGCGCCCGCCGCCGCCCGCCGCCGCCGAGCCCGAGGGCGGCCCCGCCGGGGGCAGCGCCGCGCCGCCGCCGCCGCCCGUCCGCAUCCAGGACAUCAAGACGGAGAACGGCACGGCCUCGCCGCCGCAGGCCGUGUCCCCCCCCGGCGCCGCGCCGCCGCUCGGCGCCGUGCCCAAGAUCGAGAGCCCCGACAGCAGCAGCAGCCUCUCCAGCGGCGGCAGCCCCCGCAGCACCCUCCCCUCCAGCCGCUCCCUCAGCCUGGAGGCCCCCGAGCCGCCGCCGCCGCCCCCGCCGCCGCCCCCGCCGCCGCCCCACCACCACGGCCCGGGCUUCAGCGUGGACAACAUCAUGACCUCGCUGCGGGGCUCGCCGCAGGCCGCCGCCGAGCUGGGCGCCGGCCUCCUGGCCCCCGCCGCCGCCGCCCCGCGCACCGGCAUCCCGCCCGCCCUCUCCCUCGGCGGCUACUCGCCGGGACACAGCUCCGUCUACGGCUCGCCCUGCGGCCAGGCGGCCGCCGGCGCCGCCGCCGGCACCUACCACUGCAACAUGCAGGCCAUGAGCCUCUACGCGGCGGCGGGCGGCGCCGACCGCCCCGGCCACCUGCCCGCCGCCGCCGCCAGCCCCGCCGAGGACCCGCUGCCCGACUACGCCAUGCCCGCGGGCGGCGGCGGCGGCGGAGCGGGGGGCGGUGGCGGCGGCGGCGGCGGCGGCGGCGGGGCGCUGGGGCACGGCGGGCUGGGCGGCGCGGCGGGCGGCCACCAGGAGGGGCACCACCCGCACCCGCACCAGGGCCGCCUGGCCUCCUGGUACCUCAACCAGGCGGCGGCGGCGGCGGCGGCAGCGGCGGCGGCGGCGGGGGAGCUGGGCCCGCUGGCGGGCGCGGCGGGCUACGCGGGGCCGCAGCAGGGCUUCGCCGCCGCCCCGCGGGAGGUCUUCGAGGCGCCGCGGCUGGGCCUCAGCGCCUCGCCGGGCGGCGGCGGCGGCGGCGGCGGCGGGGCGGGGGGCGGCGGCGGCGGCGGCAGCGGGGCGGGGGGCGGCGGCAGCUGUCAGAUGGCCUUCCCCGGCAGCCAGCCGCUCUACCGCACCUCCGGGGCCUUCGUCUACGACUGCGGCAAGUUCUGA